ACUGAAUUGAGGAUGAGGGAGGUGAUCCUCCAUGUAUACGACGUGACUAAUAGCGGUUAUGACAAAACGAACAACACAAUUAUGCAGAUCAACAAGAUUUUCAAAGAUGGGAUUGGUCUCGGUGGCAUCUUCCACACCGCUGUUCAGGUUUAUGGAGAUGAGGAAUGGUCAUUUGGAUUCUGUGAACAGGGUACUGGAGUUUUUAGCUGUCCAUCAACACAGAAUCCAAUGUAUACAUACCGCGAAAGCAUUAAUCUCGGGAAAACAUCCUUCUCUAUCUUCAAGGUUAAUCAGAUAAGGAGGGAACUGAGUAGAGAGUGGCCUGGACACUCGUAUGAUCUGUUAGCAAAAAAUUGCAAUCAUUUCUGUGAUGAAUUCUGUAGAAGACUAGGUGUGCAAAAGCUUCCUGGUUGGGUAAACAGGUUCGCGAAUGCUGGCGACACUGCUGUAGAAAUAGCUGGCAACACAGCCUACAGAUUCAGGCAAGCUAAAACCGAAAUUGUAUCUGCUAGCAGAGUGGCAUAUCGUUUCUUAGCUGGAGUCGCAUCGAGCAAUUUAAAUGUAGAUCCAGAUUCUCCUGGCAACUCCAACAGUGGAAGUCCCAGAUUCCAAGCUACCUGGUUGAAGAACCUUGUUUCACCCGGUACUAAACCAUCAACUGGUUCAAAAGUGGAAAAUCAGGAUCAAGAUGUGGUAGGUCAGAAACAAAGACAAGAUGCAGAAAAAGGUUCAACUGGUUCAAAAGUGGAAAGUCAGGAUCAAGAUGUGGUAGGUCAGAAACAAAGACGAGAUGCAGAAAAAACACUUUUAACGUCUAACUCUCAACAUAAUAUCUGAUACUAUAUUGCCAUCAGUCACCUUCUGACCAGUGCAGGGCAUUGGCUAUUGAUUUGUUCACCACCUUGCUGUAAGAUUAUUCGUCAUUAACUUUUGGAAAUAGAUGCCAAGGUUAGUGCCUCUUUGUUUAACAUAACAUGCUAAAGCAAGUAGUCUGUCUCCUGAGUUCUCGGAAUACAAUUCGUGUGCAACUAGAAGGAAGCAGAUUGACAAAUAGACACAUAGCUCCUCACUGCAACUUUUCCAGUUGAAAAGAAUGCUGAUGGGGAUACGCUUGAGGUCUCGUUACAUUGUGUUUGAAUCACGGUUUUUCCAUUUGGAAAAGUAACUCACUCAUCAGGGUUAAGGUUUGGUUUUGGGUCCACUACAGCAAUAUAACAUAAUUUCCAGUUAAGGGCUACAGCAACAUAAACAUAAAUCCAGUGAAGGACAACUGAGCAAUGUGCUCAUUUCACAUUCCAGUUCAACACUAAACACCUGACAGUUCUCUACAUAAAUUGAGCAGCAACAUCAAUUCUGCUGCAGCUUCAGAUAAUGACAUUAAUAGCACCGCCAAAU